UGGAGGGAGAGAGAAGAAUACGACGGGCAUCGCGGGCGACGGCGGUGGCUACGACGACGACGCGGUGGUAGCCGACGGCCCCCGGAUCCAAAUAAGGACUCGUUACGCGACAGGGCCGUCGGCUGUUACUGCGGGCCUUGGCGAAGGGGUGAGGUUCCAAGAGAGUAACAAAGGGUAAGAUUUGAAAGGUCCGAGAACAAGCAAGACUCGGGGAAAAGAACGAAAAAUUAAAGAAUAGAACGUCACAAAGUUCGAAGAAGCGAGUAUAAAGAGAGACCUAAGUGAAGAUCUAAGCAAACUCUAGAGAAUCUUGGUCCAAAAUGGUGAACUUCGAACGAUCAACUAUUUGAAGAUCAAGUUUCACAAAAUAGAAACUAAAAAUAUUCAAUCUUGAGAAAGUAAGUUUCAAAAAAAUCGAAACUCUUAAAGAAUUAAACUCGAAAGAAUCCAGCUUCAGAAAUAAUUGCAUCUCGAAGAAGUAAACUUUGAAGUGCUAGCCAUCGCUACGACGAGAGUCUUGAAGCGACGUCUAUUUUCAAGCAUAGUCACGAUUCUUGCGAUGCAAUAAAUUUCUUCCUUCGGAAUGGAGUAACAAGUUUAAUUACUGGCCUAUUAAUUACCUGAAAAAUAAAUACUUUCGCCUUUAGUUGUAAUUCCUUACACAAGAUAUCGGACAUAAAGACAUUCAUUAAAUUGUCAAGAUUGCGCUGCCAAGAAUAAUAACUCGCAUUAUUGUCGCAUUCUUGGCGUGUGUUAACAUUGGCAGCGCUCUCACGGUUCGUUGGUAUAAUGUAUAAUAUUCAAACAUAUUAGCAGAAGAGAAUUGCUAGUGCAGCUAACGAUCAAUUGCAAUUUGUUAUAAUUGGCAGGUGCACAGGGCGACUCGUUUGCUCGAGCCAUCACAAAGAUCCCCUCUUCUACCUUUUUGCAUCUCCGGCAAAGCCGAUGCUGAUGUCGAUUCGCAUUGGCCAGUUUCAACCCCGAAAGGGCGCAUCUUUUGUUGCCGAAUCACCUCUCACUCGUCAUCAUUACGUUCAGCCGUGAUAAUCGUCAGGAUAGCUUCGACACGAGUGUGAAAAGACGACCAGAUCUUCACCAGAUCUUCACCAGCAGAAAGAUUGAAGAUUUUUCAGGACUUUCCCGAAGAAUGAAGUUUGCAUGAUCCUUUACAAACGGACCAUCUAGAUUAUUUCAAAAUUCAAGCUUGAGAUGUAACAGAAGUUAUUUAAAAAGGAAUAUCAUUGCACACAUUUGAUGAUAGCCGAGCGAAUUUCGAGUGUUCUCCGAUAAAGUCGGUUCCCGGUGAGCAUUGCGCGAAGCCAGAAUUGACCUAGUUGCCUAUAAAGCGAUAGGCAAAGCAGCCCCAGCGUCGCGACGCUAUUUUCGCUCAGCGCGUCGCUAACUUUAGACGUACGGCCGACGGACGCUCCCUAAUAAGUUCAAGCGACGAUUAUGGUGGCCGACGCUGCCGCUGCCGCCGUAGCCGACGACGACGACGACGACGACGGAUAAAACAUAACGUCUCGCCGCGAGGCAACGGCGAGCGUGCCAAAAUUAUGCCUACCCGUGGAAAAGGACCAACGCAAUUGCACGGCCGAAGACCUCAACUAUGCGACUAUGAGCGCGACCACGAAGAGAUGGCCGUUCGCCCCACGUCUAUUCGCGGCUUUUUAUGAUCGGCACCGGACGCCCGUGUUCUGCCUGUUAUCGAAACAAAAGAUAGAUAUACAAGUGGGUGCAUUGGAUGCGAGCGGCUUGACGAUACGCCAAGAAUCAAUCCCAGUGGAUACAACAAACGCUACGAACUUGAACUUCUACCGAGGAUUCAGCAAUAGGUCAAAGAACUUUUUCAAGGUCUUCGCGGGAGCAGGCAGAAAACGAUCGUGUUCUCCAAGGAAAGAAAAAUGUAUAUCCGUCAGUGAAGCAGAAAUUCGUGAUGCUAUGUCUACGUACCGUGCACGGGACAGAGGUGGAGCGGCGUCUGUGCCUCGGCGGCGUCGCGACGUCAAUUAUAUGCUCUCGUCUGGACGCCCCCGCGUUUUCGUGGGAUGGUGCUUGCCCGACAGGCACGAAAAAGGCAUCGCCUCGUGA